AUGGCCAAGGAUGCAUCAGAGUCUCUCAUCCUCCUCAGUAAAUCGAUUUCCUCCUUCGUGCCCUCUUCUUUUUUCUUCCAGCACUUCAACCGCAAAACUGAACUACUCUCCUACUUGAUCCUGUGUGUUUCCAAAAUGCCGUUCAUACCACCUGUGUCAAUUGCACGCUCUGUGUCAGGACUGACUGGGAAGGAGAAACCUAUCAGCAGCAUUUCAUCUCCAACUAUAGCCAAGACGAAAGUCCCAAAAGAAGACAAAGGCAGCUCAGUGAAGGAGCGACUGACUUUGAACCUCAAACAGCUGGGGAAGAAGAGCCAACACAGGAGUCAUCUGCCAACCACCAAAGGAGUAUCAGGGACAGAGCUGCAUGUAAAGAAAAGGGACCGCCUGUUAACCUCAUCACAGACAAACUCAGACAGCCUUCCUGCCUCCAGCUCAGGUGAGUCCUUGUCUAAGAAGCAGCAGCACAAACAUGUGAGCCACAGCUCUAUAAAGCGUGAACCAGAGGUGAAAACCAGGACCCGGCAUCAGGAGGAGGCCCGCUUCACACUGACACUCACGCCCGAGGCUGUUCUGCUGCUGCAGCGAAAGAACAGUGAGAGACAUCAACGUUCAGCUGCCAGAAAUACUGGAAGUGGAGCUGUUGUUUCUGGAAGUGCCACAGAUUCCAGACGGAGGAGGGAAAACAUCUCUAAAAGGCAUCAACCAGCAACGCAGAGAUACGGUGCUCCAAACAGCAGAGUGGCUGCUAAAAACUACAGUGAUGCCGAACUUGGAGAUAUAACAUCAAUUUUGAAAAUCUCACUACUGAACGAGCAGCAUAAGUAUGAUGAUGUGGAGUACGAGGAUGAGGAGUACUAUGGUAUGGAUGAGCGUGUGGUGCUGAAAUGUACUGAGUGGCUUCGGGGGUUGGAAAACACACCAGUAACAGUAGGAAACAGCCGGAAUAGGAGUGCAAGCAGGGUAAAAAGCUUCUGA